AUGUCGACUUCCGAGCCAACCCAUACACCACGAUUCCGUCCCUUCUCAGUCCACGUCCACCCCAUUCCUCCGACCGAACCAAAGACAUGUGCAUACGAGCGCCGCCAUUCCAACUCUGCCAAGUGCAAGAACGCCUUGGUCUUCAUUGGUGGGCUGGGCACUGGUCCGCAUACAACCCCCUACCUAGGACCUUUGAAUGACGCCUUGGAACGUGCGAGUUUGAAAGAUGGAAACGGCGUGCGCUAUAGUAUUUGGGAACUGAGAAUGCGGAGCAGUUAUACAGGGUUCGGAUAUGGAAGCUUGAAGGAGGAUGCUGAAGACUUGAAGGAGUUGGUGCAGUAUCUGAAAGAGAUUGGGAAGGAAAAAGUUGUGUUGAUUGGAAGUUCAACUGGAUGUCAGGCCAUCAUGACAUACGCAACUACCCUGCCAGCGCCUCCCCUGGUUGACGGCUACAUCAUGCAAGCUCCAACUUCAGAUCGUGAAACAGCUGGACUGCUCAUGCCACAGGAUCUUCUCUCCGCUAGUCUCAAGCACGCCGAAGACCUCAUUGCGAAAGGAGAAGAAAAGACUAUCAUGUCUAGCUCCUUCAUCCCACCCAUUAUCACAUCUCCGGUAACAGCAUACCGCUGGCACUCUCUAGUCUCUGUGGGAGGCGACGACGACUUCUUCUCUUCCGAUCUACCAGUUUCGACCCUCCAGUCCACAUUCGGUAAACUGGACAAGCCGACGUUGAUUCUGAUAUCAGAGAAAGACGAGAUGGUCCCCCCGACCGUGGACAAGGAAGCCCUGCUCAAGAGGUGGAUUGGCACGAUUCCAGAUGGGCUGGCGAGUAAGCAGUGUCAGAUUAUUCUGUUCGAUGCUGACCAUGAGCUCUCUGGUGAUGAAGCAAUGCGGCACUUCAUCGAGACGGUUGUCAAAUUUCUCGAGGGAAUUGAUGCGGUAUCAGUUGGACAAUCAUGA